CCAUUACCGCGUAAACAAAACAAAAAGUUUGCUCCGUCGAAAAUAAUUAUGUUUUAAUGUUUUAUGUGUUCAAAUCAGUGCGGACUCGAAAUAACUAUGAACUACAAUACUGGAUAAAAGUGGGUGAUACAGUGAAGGUACAGUUUUUAUUAGAUUUACUACUAAAUUCAACAAAAAUGUGUUUAUAACGAACUUAUUAUUAUUACCUACUAGUUACUGCAUUCCUGACAAAUCCAAAUCCGUGGCAGGGCUCUCUACGCACACAUAGACUGUUCCCCGUGAAGUUCGCAACCGCGUCGAGGUCAUUCACCUUUUGCCUUUGCCUAUUAUUUUUACUGGUGAUUUUAUUUUAUUUUUUUACGUAAAUAUUUUGUAUAAAGAAGUUCAUGAUGUCUCAAAAUUAUGAAACAUCUGAGGAGGAGGAAUUUAUGAAUGUGACUGUCCGUCCUUCAAGUAAAAAGGUGCAUAAAUCCUUCGAAGAUGCAGACGAUGACAGCUCGCCUAAAUCUCUCGCACGUCAAGUCAAAUUACUGGGAGAGCUCGUUACACGCGAAAUGAGCUCAAUGCGCCAAGAGCUCUCGCGGCUGAAUUUGACCAUCUCCGGUUUUGAUAAGAGAGUGUCUAGUAUUGAGGAGAGGCUGGACAUUUUAGAGCAGAAGAUUCUACCAGACAAUAGAAUGGAAUUACAGGAAAGACUGGAAAAAUUAGAAAAGAGAUCCCCUGCGGAGGAUAACAGUGUAGCUGAAUCGGUAAUUAUCUCGCAACUGCGACUAGAGCUUAACGAACGUGAACAAGACAACAUGUUAAACGAUGUUGAAAUCGCAGGGUUGGACGAGAAAAACGGAGAGAGUACCAUUAACAUUACCCUACUAGUUGCAAAAAAAAUAGGGCUGAGUUUGGAGGAGCGUGAUAUCGUUAGUGCAGAGCGUUUGGGUCCUCGCCGAAUCAUCGCUGACGACGCGGCGGGGCAGCGGCGGCCGCCGCGCGCUAUCGUCGUGCGCCUGGCGCGGCGCUCGGUGCGCGACGACCUGCUCCGCGCCGCGCGGGUGCGCCGUGGCGCUGACACUUCAGGGAUUAUCGAGGCAGUGCAAUCUAAGCGUUUUUAUGUAAAUGAACGUCUUACAGCAGCCAACAAACACCUAUUCUAUAAGACGCGCGAACUGGGCCGUCGUGAUGGUUGGCGAUAUGUCUGGACGAAGGAUGGUCGCAUUUACGCACGACGCAAAGAUGGAAGUGAAGUGUGCCGUAUACGCACUCCAAAUGACAUUACCAAGUUUUUUGGAAACGGAACAGUUUAAUGUGUUUACUUUUAAUUUCGUUAUGUUUUAUCAUAGGACUUCUGAGAAACGACUGGUUUUUUGUAAGAAGCAAUGAUUUUUAUGUUAUUUAUAUCUUUUUAGUUUUGUUACAAUUUAAAAAAGCCGAUAGUAGAUUAAGUUAUAUAGAUAUGAUAGAUAUAUUGUGUAGCUAUAAUUUUCUUAUUGUUUUACGAGUAU